CGACCGGAAGUCAAUCCCGGUAUUUGGGCUGUUGCUUCUACAGCCUAAACAGUAUAUUAUUGCACUAAAUAAUAUCCACAUGCAGCAUAUUGUUUAGUAUGAUAUUCUAUGUUAGUUUAAAUGCUGCUUUUCCCGCUGCUUUAAGGGGGAAGUCGCGACAGAGCGCAGUGCUUUCUGGGCACUUUUACUGCAGGCUGCGUCCCAAAUUAUCUGCUUUCAUACUAAAUAGUAUUCCAAAUUAGCACUCCAACAUUGGCGGCGUUACUUGACAUGUUUAGUGCGUAGCGUGCGGUUUGGGACACAGGCGAUGAGCUGCUGUUGUUGUGCCGAAACGAGAUGUUAACAGUGCAAAGAGUUGUCUUAUCCUCUCGGCCAGGGAAAAACGGCCAUCCAUCUCCUGAUAACUUCCGUGUGGAGGAGACGAGUUUGUGCACUGAGCUGAAGCAGGGAGAAGUCCUUGUCAGGACGGUGUAUCUGUCUGUUGACCCCUACAUGCGUUGUCGCAUGAAUGAUGAUACGGGUGCUGAUUAUCUGCUACCAUGGAGGCUGGAGGAGUGUAUCGAUGGAGGUGGGGUUGGUGUGGUGGAGGCCAGCAAGAACACACAACUGGCCACCGGUGACAUUGUCACCUCCUUCAACUGGCAUUGGCAAACCCAUGAUGUGAUUCAUGGUAACUGUGUACAGAAGGUUGACCCCAGGAUGGUUGAUGGCCACUUGUCAUAUGUUCUGGGUGCAGUAGGCAUGCCUGGACUCACUGCUCUGCUCGGUGUGAGAGAGAAAGGUCACGUGACUUGCGGUGCUGGACAGACCAUGGUGAUCAGUGGAGCAUCUGGAGCUUGUGGAUCACUUGCCGGACAGAUUGGCAGAUUGGAUGGCUGUGAAAGAGUGGUUGGGAUCUGUGGAUCAGAUGAGAAAUGCCGGAUCCUGGUGUCGCAGCUCGGUUUCACAGCAGCCGUGAAUUAUAAGAAGGGGGACAUCUCAAAAGCACUGAGGGACAAUUGUCCUAAUGGAGUGGACAUCUACUUUGACAAUGUUGGAGGUCCUAUUAGUGACACGGUUAUAUCACAGAUGAACAGCGGCGGUCAUGUGAUCCUGUGUGGGCAGAUCUCUCAGUACAAUAAAGACGUACCCUACCCACCUCCGCUCAGCGAGGAGACUCAAGAAGCUCUGCGCCGCAAAAAUAUCACCAGGGAUAGAUUUAUGGUUCUGAACUACAUGGAUAAACAUAAAGAAGGACUAGAACUGCUGAGUCACUGGGUGAAGACUGGCCAAAUUAAAGUGUUAGAAACUGUAGCAAAUGGAAUAGAAAACAUGAGUGUGGCCUUUUGCUCCAUGAUGACCGGAGGCAACGUUGGGAAGCAAAUUGUUAAAAUAUCAGACUGAGCCACAUCUUGCCAGCAGAGGCUGCUGUUUUUCUCCCCACAAGCAGCCCUGUGUGUUUUAUUUAUUUUCAGCUAUAAUUACUAUAAUAUAGUAUAUAGUAUACAUGUGCAUAGGAAAUAUUAAAAUUAUAUUGCUAUAUGCUAUUUUAUGUGCCUAAACAACACUAAAAGGUAUACUGAGAACAAUUUUUCACCCUACUGCGAUGUUUUUUUGUUUUUUUUUAAUGAGAAAAAAUAUUUUCAUGAUGUACAGUGGUGGGUGCUGUCUUGAAUGUGGUUCACUUGAAGGUCAUGACUACUAAAAGGGCAACUGAGCUGUUUUGCCUGGAAAACAUGUCACUAAAAUAUUUUUUUAACCUGAUGGUUACUAUUCAUUCAGAGAAAUGUUGCUGUUUUUUUUCCUGGAUCAUAGUAAAGGGCUGUUUGUGCCUGAACGUUGGCUAUUAUUUUAUGGAUUAACUGUGGAAUUAUAGCAAUUACCAUGCAAGGGGUUACUGCAAGUUGUCAUUUACCAGAAAUAUUUAAAAGUAUACACCUUCUAAAAGUGUAUAUAACCAGUGCCUUUGAUGAAAAAGACACAUGCAGCCUUAAUGCCAUAAGCAUAUUAUAUGAAAUAUAUGAAGUAGAAGUGAAAGGUAUUUAAAAAACAAAACAAAACACGUGUGCUUUCUUUUUUGUUUAUUUUGUCAGAAAAGCAAAUUUUCUAAGAACAAAUGAUCUUUAAGUCAUCACUUGCAUUCUGACUGACCAGUGAGCACAAUAACUUGUUCACCUAUCAGUGUGUAAUUAAGUUUCCAUUAGUUGAGCAGCAAUCUUUAGCAUUCAAGGAACGUCAAAGUUGUACUACACACAAGGUAAUGGGCAACAACACAGUACUAAAAAACAAUAAAAUCAAUAUGCAUAAAAUAAUUAUAAAAGUAUAUUAUUUCAAAUCAUUUUUUUUUCAAGAAAUAUGUCACUUCACCACAACUGUUAAUGAACAAAUAUUGAGUUAUUGGUCUGAAUGAACCCAAAAGCAAAAAAGAAACCAUUUGAAACCCUUCACAUUGUUGAUAGAUCAUCCAGAGCAGCCAAGUAUUGAAGUCUUUAUGUUCCCAAGAGAUCUUAACUGAGCUACAGGUAAUCAAACACAAUUCAACAAAAACACACAAAACAAUCUACCACUGCAAAUUUAUCACAGCAACAUAUGAAGUAGACUGAAAAAAACAACAUUUUUGUGGAUUAAACAGAAAAACAUAUUCAACAUGAACACUAAUAUUCUCUCUACUUUUAGUUCCUUCUGUACAACAACAUGAUUGUUAUGCAUUGAUUGUGUUGCAUGGAUUGUUUCCCUAGUUUGCAAUCUGUGUUUAUCAUAUCCAGCUGAAGUACAGAAUGAGAAGCUAAAAAAAAAAAAAUCCCUGGAACUUCAGUGAGCUUAUAUUUUAAUGAGCUAUAGUGUAUACACACAGUGGCGAUUGUCUUUUCCUGCAACUUAAUCCCACGAAGCUAUCCUACGUACAGUUUAUCCUCACGCUUAUUUACUAAAACAGUGGUUUGUGUUUAGUGAGAUCAGUGGUCUCUUGCCAGUGUAAUACAAUAAAUAAAGCAUAUAGUUGUAGUAUGUCUAGGAUACAGCUCCGGCACUCAUACCUUCUCCAUAAAAGCCCGUCUGUCCUUUGCUAGUCUAAUAUAAAAGCUAUCUCAUGAGGUUACUCUAUAUACUCCUCCACAAACUGUGACUCACCAAAUAGACAAAACAAACGAUCAGCAUGUUCUGAUGAGCCUGCACAAUUGGUGAUGAAAUUUGAUCAAGGCAGAAACGAUAAGAGCAAGUCAAACUCUCAGUGUUAGACAUUAGGUUUCUGUAUUUAUAGGUACAACAUAGGGGUGUAAUAUAAUCCACUAUAUGUCUCUGUUUAGUGCUCCAAACAUUUGUAUCUGUAUUUAGAUUUAAAGUGGGCGUGGUGUUUUUUUGACCUAGAGAAAUAGAGUGUCAAAUAGAGGUAUUAUUUUGUUUGAACCUGCCUACAACAUUUUCUAAUAAAUUUAGUUGGUCUGUUGUUCUAUUUUGCAAAAUAUAAGCCUAAAUAAACUGGAAGCCUAAUUUAAACCAUCGCAA